AUGGGGAGAGCAGAGAUGCUUGAAAACAUAAUCCAGUGGGUCCCUGCAGCCAAUCAGGAAAGAGCAGAUGCGGCAACACCCAGAGAGAACUGCACUUUCGGCAUGAGCUCCCCUACUCCUAGUGGCUUUGUGUGGCAGAAUCAUUGGUUCCCUGUUUCCUGCACCAUGCUCAGGCUCAACACCUUGGAUCAGAUGACCACUUGCUUGAAAAGGAAGCUGAUUUACUUCAUGGGAGACUCGACCGUUCGGCAGUGGAUAGAGUAUCUCACGAAGAAAGUGAACACCCUAAAGCUCUUUGAGUUGCAUGAGUCUGGAAAGCUCAAGAACUUGUACGCUGUGGAUCUGGACAGAAACAUUUGGAUCCAGUGGAAAAAGCACGGCCAUCCCAUAAUCACUGUCAUAGACUAUUCGGUGAAAGAUCACAGAUACGUUCCUCGGGACCUUGACCAGGUGGCAGGCGACAGAGACACGGCUGUUGUCAUCUCCCUGGGCCAGCAUUUCCGCCCCUUCCCUAUGGAGCUCUUCCUCCGAAGGAUGUUAAAUGUCCGCGCAGCCGUACGGCGCCUCCUCUUAAGGAGCCCGCACACGAGAGUCGUCCUCAAAGCAGAGAACAUCCGGGAGAUGAGCGCAGACCCGGAGCGAUUUGCAGACAUCCACGGCUACACCCAAUACCUUGCGCUGAGGGAUAUUUUUCGGGAUCUCAGAGUGGGGUUUGUCGACGCGUGGGACAUGAGCAUCGCUUUUGGUGUAAACAGUGUUCACCCACAAGAGGCAGUGGUUGAGAAUCAAAUUCACAUGUUUUUGACUUAUAUCUGUUGAAAUGGAAGG